AUGGACCCCGAGAAUAAUCUAGCUACGAUUUCACCGACUUCUUUGAAUCCCUCACAGCCCCUGCCACCAGUGGAGCAAUGCAAAGAAGCAUGGCGCUUGAUAUGUUUGGAUGACUAUCCGGAUCUAGAGAGGCAGACUAGGAUCGGUGAAGACAAAAAGUCCUGGUGGAGACGAGUAUGGAGAAUGCUACGUUCCCUGCUUUUCCAGGCGAAAACUGAAACACGGACGUCAAUGUCAAAAGAAAAAGGCAGCCUUCAUUCAUCGAGAUCGGAUACGACAAUUGCCCCAAUAGACCAGUCAAGGCCAAAUCAAAGAGUAGGCCACACGAUCCUACGGACUAACGUGGAGUUUUCAGACCCUCCAUCCACUAAUCCAUCCCUGCGAACCUCAGUCGAGCCAACUUCUACCGUAGGGCCGAUGGAUGGGAGGCAAAGCCCGUCAGAUUCAGACCCAUGGUUUGAAGAGGAGAUUAUGAGAUGGGCGCCGGUCCCUCCACCGACGCCAACCCCAGACCAACCAAAGGGGCAAGCCCGGCCAGAAUCGGAGACAAUUCCUCAAGAAUCCCUACAUUACUGGUUGGUUAAGCGGUUGUUCCAAACACCAGACCGUGCAGAGCUCGAUCCCCUUUGUUCAUAA